GAAAGAGUUCUUCCUGUGGUGGUUGCCACUGUUUUGAGUAGGAAUCUGGUAUAGUGCUUUCCGGGGGUGAGGGUGUUUGUUCCAUAUACAGAGAUCUAUGCUUGCUCCGUCGCCGCCGCAAUCAUGAUGCCCGCCUUCAAAAGCAGCCGGCGCGACUUCGCGUUCGGGCCCUGGAAGCUCACCGCCGCUCGGACCCACAUCAUGAAAUCGGCUGAGGCCGAGAGACUAGCUGAAGAACUGCACAUGCCUUGUGUUCCAGAAAUGAUGUUUGGAGACAAUGUCUUAAAAAUUCAACACGAGUCUCAGUUUGGAAUUGAGUUCAAUGCAGUUGAUGCAUUAAGAUGUGUAAAUAACUCUCAAGGCAUGGUUAAAGUUGCCUGUGCAGAAGAAUGGCAAGAAAGCAGAUCUGAGCCAGAACACACAAAGGAGGUUGUUAAGCCAUAUGAUUGGACUUAUACAACAGAUUAUAAAGGAACACUGCUGGGUGAUACAUUAAAGUUAAAGGUUUCUGCCACAACCGACCAUAUAGACACAGAGAAAUUAAAAGCCAGGGAACAGAUCAUGUUCUUUGAAGAAGUGCUGCUGUUUGAAGAUGAACUUCAUGAUCAUGGAGUCUCAAGCCUCAGUGUCAAAAUAAGAGUGAUGCCUUCAAGCUUCUUUGUUCUGCUGAGGUUUUUCCUGCGAGUCGAUGGUGUUCUUAUCCGGAUGAAUGACACACGGCUUUACCACGAGGCUGACAAACGCUACAUGUUGCGGGAAUACACAUCUAGGGAAAGCAAAGUAUCAAGUUUAAUGCAUGUUCCUCAAGCCCUGUUCACGGAUCCGAAUGAGAUUGCUCAGUAUUUGCCUGUGAAGGAGACGGUAUAUGAGAAGCUAGAAUUUCCAGAGAAUUUGAGUCCUGAAUCUGCAGCAAUACCAGAACACACUUAAAAGUGAAAUCUGAUUUUUUUUUUGGACUUGAAACAGACUUUCUUCGGGAGAUUAUCUAGUCUCUUGGCCACCAUCGUUGAAGAUGCCACCACUUGCUGGAUCAGGAUCUAUUUGUAUGUGUGAAAAAAUAUUUCUGUAGCCUUGGGGAAGAAAAAAUCACAAUGCUGACUUUUUCAGUGUUUUCAUUGUCUCUUUAUUUCAAAUUAUUGGAGCUGUCUGAUACCUCCAGUUCAUGUCCAGUUUAGCUGAAUUUGAAAAGCCCUCAAAUCAGGAGCAACUCUGCUGAAGCUUUCUAGGUUUGAAGAAAGGACAAAGGCCUUUUAAAACAAGCCAUUCACAACCUCCAAUGGCUCAUUGGCACUUAAUAUAGUGUUUGGCUGUAGUAGAAGGACCCUAUUGUAUAGUGCACACACUCUGUUUCCUCGUGAGGUUUAAUUGGCUCAGCUUCCGGAGGGUUCACUGGUGCUUAGUAGGUCUGUGAACCUUGGAUACAUUUGUAUGGCACCUUUUCAUUAGUUGCUUGAGAGCUGUCUAAAUAAGAAAGAUGCGAGAGAUGCUGUUUCUUUCCAGAAAAAAAUUUCACAGAACUAGAAAACAAGACAGUUGCAUAGAAAAUUUGGCAAAUACCGAUUCACAUUUGGAUCCCAUGUUGCCUGCCUUCUACCAGUAUUGAUCCUAUGGUUUUGGAGUGGGCUAGAUAGGAGUAGACUAUUGUUUCAGGUGGAUUGCACCAUACCACAUUCCUGAUACUCUAAUACCUGAGGUAUUAACAAAACAUACCAGGGGUUUAUAUUGUUUACAGUGGUAGAAUAGGAAAUGUACCUGCUGUUUCCAUUAUAAAGGACAUCAAUGUAUGUAAUUAACUUCAUCUCAUCUCUAUAGGCCAAUGCAAGCAUGUUAGGCCUGCACUGUAACAUAAACACAUCCUGAUGUGAUUGUAAUGGUUGUUCAGUUGUGUUCCAACAUUCAGCCAGGCAGUUUUGAAUAUGAAACUCCACUUCUUCCUUUGCUUCUCCUGCUCUUCUUCCAUGCUUUCCCAAUAAGCCAGUUUGCCAGCAGGUGAAAACCUGCAUUCCAUUUGCUUGUCUAUUCUGCUCUACAGCAGAUCACACUCAACGGAAAACUUCUCUUACUUGUUUUAUUGUUUUUUUUUUAAAAAAAACAUACAGCCACUGCUUCUCGCCACCAAAUUUGGGGAGGUUCUAGAAGAUAAUUUAAGAUCAUGACUUAUUUAGAAACAGUAAAGUUCAGAUUUGAUUUUGGCACUGGGAGUUUUCUAGUAUCAUGAUAUAAUUUUUAUACAGCAGUGUAAAGAAGAGGCCAAGAAAUGGGUUGCUCAUUUUUUUCCCCUUUGCCACUGAGAGCUCAACAAGAUGAGGUGCCAGAGGAGCAACGAUCAGGUUUCCUGUGGCUUUUAAAAAGCAGCUUGAUGGGAGGCACUAUUUGAAUUAGUAGCACAGCACUGGAAGAGGUUUUCUUAUCUUGCCCUAUGUACCUUUUCCAAGGCAAGUCAGCAACUGGAUGCAAUCUAGAAACAACUGCAUAAAAUUCAAUGAAAUGAAAGAAAGUUGGAUUGCCCCCUCAAUUCCCAGAGAAGCUACUCAUGAGCGUUUUUGAGACCGUUCCCCAGUCUAUGCAUCUUACUGCUCACUAAUUAAACUUGUGAUGGUUUUACACCUCUGACCACCUGUCACUAAAUAAAAUGUAUACCACAUUUUA